AUGACUGCUGGAUAUUACAAGUUAAUGAUGGCGGCUACAUUAACAUUGGCGACGAGUUCACAAGGCCUCUUGACUACUGCAUCUAAGUCAAAUGGAGAAUACAGAUACAAUUUCGCCACUGUACCAUUUUUAGCUGAAGUAUUGAAACUGGUUGUUUCAAGUUUACUACUACACCGUCAGUUUUUGAUAGAUCCGAAAGGCACGCACAUAACGCGCGAUUGGAAGAGUGCUCUUUUAUAUCCUAUACCGAGCAUCAUUUACUUGAUUCAUAACAAUGUCCAGUUUUUGACCCUUCAAUAUGUAGAUCCUUCUACUUACCAAAUCCUAGGAAAUUUGAAAAUAGUUACUACUGGUCUACUUUUUCGAAUUAUACUAAAGCGUCACCUCAAUAGACUACAGUGGAUAGCAUUAGCUCUGCUGAUGAUAGGCGCUACAAUAAGCCAAAUCAGUUGUGAUAAAGGCACUACUUUAGCGGCGCCAUUGAUGGGUUAUGUUCUUGGGAUUAUUUCUGCAUGUCUCAGUGCUUUAGCAGGUGUCUACACUGAGAAGCUCAUGAAAAUGAAUAAUGAUAAUUUGUAUUGGCAGAAUAUUCAACUCUAUGGUUUUGGUGUGAUUUUCAAUGGUUUAAGAUUAUUUUUUGAUGAUGUUAAUGUUGGAUAUUCGAAUGGAAUAUCUUUAUGGCCGAGAGUUGUGACUCGUGGAUAUAACAUCAUAACUUGGUUUGUAGUUUUUAAUCUUGCAUUCACUGGACUUCUAGUGAGCUGGAUUAUGAAAUAUGCCGAUACAAUUGUUAAAGUAUACAGUACCUCAAUGGCGAUGCUCGUUACUAUGUUGUUUAGUAUAAUCUUAUUCGACAUAUCUCCAAAUUUACAGCUAUUACUUGGUAUUCUCACUUCCUCGAUAUCAUUACGUUUGUACUAUUUUGAUACAGCGGAGUUACAUCCAGAUAUUACUAAUAAAAAUUCAAAGCUUCGUGAUCGAAUUUGA